GUCUCGGUGCGAAACAAGCCGCUAGAGGCAAAAAACAAAGUCAAGUUAUGCAGCUCACUGGAGUAAAGUAAGAAGCCGGUGAGACUGUAAACAGGAAGCAUCGCACUCGCGCUUCAAAUCCGCACCUCACGGAAACUCGUGUUUGCAUUGCUAUAGCUGAUACAAUUACUUCCAAACUGAAUCUUCUAUAUUGUUGUAACCACCCAUUCGAUGCUCUGUCUCUAACAUGAAUGAGGAAGAUGAUGACGGGGCCGACGAAGAGCGACUAUUCAACGAUGAGUACCGUCCAAGGAAAAUCUAUGCUCCGCGAAUUGGCGAAGUUUUUGGCUGGAGCGUUCCCAUUGCCCAACAUAGCGUCGAGGCCGCCAGGAAGCACCAUGACCCUGGCGCAGCGGUUCAUCUAAAAGACGUGCAUCUCCAGUUGCUGCAGGAAACUCAGAAAAGCGUGGACAAGAAAACCAACGGUGGUGGUGCAACGGGCCAGGUUGUGCAGGUAGAGUGUGGUGGGAUGUUUAGUACCGUGCGCACACGCGACGGCUCUGUGUACGCGUGGGGAAGUAAUGAGUAUGGGCAAGUCGGCUGUCCCGGUUCACGCGGAGGUGACGUGUUUGAGCCGACUGAGGUUGGCUCCUUUCCGACGAGUGUCGUUUUUGUAGCCUGCGGCUUCGAGCACUGUCUGUGCAUCACAAAAGACGGUCAGCUUUUCGCGUUCGGACGCAACCACUUCGGACAGCUAGGAACGGGGCGAGGCCGUGACCUCUUUGAGCCUACUCUAGUCGACUCGCUAUCCGCGGAUGUGUGCUACGCUGCGGCGGGAGAAGACCACUCGGCGUGCGUGCUGGCCAGCGGCGAGCUCUACACCUGGG